ACUUUGCUUUGUAUAUGAAGGAAUCUGAUCACAUUUCAAGCAAUCAAGGUUAUGAAGAGGAAGUUGAAUCAUUUAAUACAGAUUACAAUAAAGAAGUAGAACUAUUUGAUUCUGAUUCAGACAUUUAA